GAAAGCAGCCAGGUUGCUUUCCAAACAGGAAAUGUCCGCCUUCGUUGUCGUUUAAGCAGCCUCCGGUAAAGGUCUCCGGGCUCACCUUCCCGACCGGAUUUCAAAAUGCUCAUAAAAGAGUAUCGGAUUCCUCUCCCCAUGAGCGUUGAGGAAUAUCGGAUUGCCCAGCUGUACAUGAUCCAGAAAAAGAGCCGCGAAGAGACUUGUGGAGAAGGCAGCGGCGUGGAGAUUUUGGAAAACCGACCCUAUAUUGAUGGCCCAGGAGGCGACGGGCAGUACACCCAUAAAGUAUACCAUAUUGGUAUGCAUAUUCCAAGCUGGUUUCGAUCGAUACUCCCCAAGGCGGCCCUCCGAGUCGAAGAGGAAUCCUGGAAUGCAUAUCCUUAUACCAGGACGAGGUACACCUGCCCAUUUGUGGAGAAAUUCUCCAUCGAUAUCGAAACCUAUUAUAUAUCUGACUCAGGAGAGCAACCCAACGUGUUCAACCUUUCCCCCGCGGAGAAGAGGCAGACGGUUCUGGAUCCUAUCGAUAUCGUGAAGGACCCCGUCCCACCCCACGAAUACAAAUCAGAGGAGGACCCAAAGGUCUUCAAAUCAGCCAAGACAGCCAGGGGCCCUCUGCCAGAGGACUGGAUCCAAGAGCAGAAGAACAACCCUGGGACCUAUCCCGUUAUGUGUGCCUAUAAACUCUGCAAGGUGGAGUUCCGUUACUGGGGGAUGCAGUCGAAAAUCGAGCGUUUCAUCCAUGAUGUUGGUUUACGGAAAGUAAUGGUAAGGGCUCAUCGGCAGGCUUGGUGUUGGCAGGAUGAAUGGUACGGGCUCACCAUAGAGGACAUCCGACAGCUGGAAAAGGAGGCCCAGCUGAUGUUGGCGAAGAAGAUGGCCCAGUUCAGCAUCAAUGAGCCUGACCUAGAACCCCACCUUCCUCAAGACUCCCUCAAGAACGAGCGCAACCUGGAAUCCAAGGCCAUACCUCCAUCCACCGAGGGGGUGGAUGCUGCCAGCAAUACUGAUGAAUCUUUGCCGAGGCGAGUGCUAACCAAGCAGUGGUCCACGUCUUCCAAAUCCUCUUCCAAAAGAGGAGGUGAGUUGGGCCCCAAAGCCGGCAAAAAGGGAGCCAUGGGACUCGGGGUUCCAUGGAGAAUAAAUCCUGUUUACACGCCCAUUUUUUUCCCCCUUCCAGAUGACCCAACUCUCGAAUCGGCUGCGGGAUUCCAUGUCGGAUGCAGCGUGGAAAGACUAAGCAUUAUUGAGGAUGAAGCGGCGCCUCCCCUGGCGCAGCCCAGCCAGAUCCAUGUCCUCCUUUUGGUCCUGCACGGAGGCAACAUCCUUGACACGGGAAGUGGGGAGCAGAGCUCCAAGCAGGGGGAUGUCAACACCAUCGCCACCGCCUUCGAUACUGUCAUCAGGGUCCAUUACCCGGCCACCCUGGGCCGGAUAGCCAUCAAGCUGGUCCCUUGUCCGGCCAUCUGCUCCGAAGCGUUUUCGCUGGUCUCCAACCUCAGCCCAUACAGCUACGAUGAAGGCUGCCUUUGCAGUAGCCAGGAUCACAUCCCACUCGCCGCGCUUCCUCUCCUGGCCACAUCCUCCCCGCAGUACCAAGAGGCGGUUGCCACAGUGAUCCUGAGAGCCAAUCAGGUGUACGGCGACUUCAUCAGGUCCCAAGAAGGGGCAUCCUUCAACGGCCAGGUGUGCCUGAUCGGGGACUGCGUGGGAGGGAUCCUGGCCUUUGACGCCCUUUGUUAUAGCAACCAGACGAUGGCAGAGAGUCAGAACAGUAGCCGGCGUGGAAGCGUCAUCAGUGUGCAGGACAUGGACCUCCUGUCUCCUGGCAUCCUGGUGAACAACAGCUACUGCUCCGAAGGCUGUGGGUUGGAAGCCAGCCGGCAUCUCAGCCGGAGCACGGCCGACCUGCCACGCAGCAACGAGGAAGAUCCCCAGAAACAGCAGCUGCUGCGGAAAAGGAGCGAUUCAUCCACCUUCGAGCUGGACACCUUGAAGCAGCACCAGGCGUUCCUGUCCAGUUUACACUCUAGUGCUCUGAAGAAUUUUCCAGGAUCACGGCGAUCGAGUAGCUCCACUCAAUUGGACGGUGGGAACCUUGGAAAGUUUGAAUUUGAGAUCACCGACUUCUUCCUCUUUGGCUGUCCCCUGGGGCUGGUCCUUGCCUUAAGAAAAACCAUCAUACCAACUCUUGACAUCUUCCAGUUGAGACCAGCCUGUCAGCAAGUCUACAACCUCUUCCACCCAGCUGAUCCUUCGGCCUCUCGCUUGGAGCCUCUGCUCGAGAAGAAGUUCCAUAUUUUACCUCCCUUCAACAUCCCACGUUACCAGCGGUUCCCUCUUGGGGAUGGCAAUUCAUCCCUUCUGGUGGAAACAGUCCAGAACAACCCUGACCUCCUCAUUGAAAGCAACCUUCUGGCUGCUUUCCAGAACCAGGACAACUUCAUGGAAACCAGUAUCCCCGUCCCUACCUUGAACUGGCAAGACGUGUCCAAUAAAACUUCUGGAUUUGCUGAGUCAGAUGUUGUUCAGUCUCAUGGUGGCGUCUUGGUGGAAAACACGUCCCCGUCUGCUCCCGUUUCCGCCCCACAGUUCAGAGCCUUCCGGAGAGCAAGUGAAGUGAGCACUGUCAGCCAGGUGUCCGGAAUGGCAGACAGUUACACUGCUUCCAACAUAGCCAACAAUAAAAAACAUCAUCUCAACCACUCCAGAGGGUUUAGCCUUCUGGCUCUCCUAGCGCUUCCCCACAAACCUCACAUCCAGUCCUUCCCCCAGAGGACUGGGAGGCUCAAGCCCGAAAGAUCCCUGAAUCCUUCAGGACGAAGGUUUGAAAACUCCCUCCACAGGGAAACGGAGACCGUUCGCCUGAUUCCAGAUCUUGAUGUCCACAAAGUUGCGGCCAAGUGGUGGGGAACCAAAAGGAUUGACUAUGCUCUCUACUGUCCGGAUGCGCUGACUGCCUUCCCCACAGUUGCCUUACCACACCUCUUUCAUGCCAGCUACUGGGAAUCCACAGACGUGGUCUCCUUCCUCCUUAGACAGGUGAUGCGGCAUGAAAACGGCAGCAUUCUUGAAGUGGACGGGAAAGAGAUCUCCGUCUUCACGCCUUCCAAACCCAGGGAGAAAUGGCUUCGUAAACGGACUCAAGUCAAGCUACGGAAUGUCACCGCCAAUCACAGGAUCAACGACACCAUAGCCAAUGAAGAACGGCCCCAGGUGUUAAACGGGAGGUUCAUGUAUGGCCCAUUGGACAUGGUCACGCUCACGGGGGAGAAGGUGGACAUUCACAUCAUGACCCAGCCUCCCUCAGGGGAAUGGGUUUAUUUUGACACGGAGAUCGCCAACAGCAGUGGACGCAUUUCCUACAUGAUUCCCGAGCAGAGACGGCUGGGGAUCGGGGUGUAUCCUGUCAAAAUGGUGGUGAGGGGGGAUCACACAUACGCAGAUAGCUACAUCACCGUUUUACCGCGGGGGACCGAAUUCGUGGUCUUCAGCAUUGACGGUUCCUUUGCAGCCAGCGUCUCCAUUAUGGGCAGCGACCCCAAAGUCAGAGCUGGAGCAGUUGAUGUUGUACGGCACUGGCAAGAGCUUGGCUACCUCAUUAUCUACGUCACGGGCCGGCCCGACAUGCAGAAGCAGAGAGUGGUCGCCUGGUUAGCACAGCACAACUUCCCCCACGGGAUUGUCUCCUUCUGCGAUGGGCUGGUUCAUGAUCCCUUGAGGCACAAAGCCAACUUCCUGAAGUCUCUAGUCACAGACCUGGACAUGAAGAUCCAUGCGGCCUAUGGAUCCACCAAGGAUGUCUCCGUCUACACCUCCAUCAACCUGCCCCCUCCACAGAUCUACAUUGUCGGGCGGCCUACCAAAAAGUUACAGAACCAAUGCCAAUUCAUCACAGAAGGCUACGCGUCCCAUCUGGCCCAGCUGGAGUACACUCAUCGCUCUCGGCCUGCCAAGAACACCACGCGAAUGGCUCUCCGGAAGGGCAGCUUCGGACUCCCAGGCCAAACCGAAUUCCUGCGCAAGAGGAACCACCUGUUGCGAACUAUCUCCUCCCAGCCCACCGUGUCCUCUGGCCAGAGUGCCAGUUACCGUCCAGAGUGGACACAAAGCCACUCCGAAAGUGACCGGGAAAGGGACCGAGAACGCAGCCAACGGAGCAUGAGUCUCGCCACGGGCUGCUGGGGCCGAAGCACACUCCCAAGGCUCGAACCAGGGAACUUGGGUCAGAAGUAGAGGCGUCCGAGGCGUGAUGAUGGCCGGCUGCACUUGCCCGGGUGGCGGAAGCAGGGGCCACGGCAAGGCCAGCGGCGUGGGGCUCGUGGGCAAAUAUGGUGCUACUCAUUGCCGGUGGGGCGGCAGUGACUUGGCCAGGAGCAACCAAGCAAUUUGGGUUUCCUUCCCCCCCCACACACACACAAAACAUGGCAGGGACGUUGGGUACGUGGAGAGCAACCGGGGAGGCCGAGAACAGGAGCCGCCUUCUGCCACCGAGACUUCAAGCUGCCUCAUCUUCAAAGAUCCACCAUUUUCCGGCUCUUUAUCCAGGGUUAGAGAUUGUAAAUACGUGCCUGUCCAGCUUCUUCUUAGCCAUCCAUCAAAAGACGAGAAGACACAUCACCCAAGUAAACACACCGGUACCGUUGGGAGCAGCAGCAGGAGAGCAGAUUGUGUUCACGUAGACUGGACACGAGGAAGGGGACAUCGACAGCUAUCACUACUUUACAACCCGCAACCAAACUUGAUUCAUUUCUGGAGUCUGGAAGGACUCGGGGACCCACAAGCCGAAGCCCCAGCCCCAGGGCCGAGUCACGUUGGACGGCUUCCACGGUGGCGAUAUAAAGCUACGGGUGCAAUGCACACACUGCUGGAUGGGUGAUUUUAUCGAGGCUGGUUCUAAUUAAAGGCUUUUUAUUUUUUAAAUAAGAGUUUGGAAGUUUGACGGAUUGCACUAAUUCAGGAAAAUUUUUAAAAAACAAGUCUUAACAGGCACGGGAUUCUGUCCCUUCAGAACGAAGGGAGCACGAUUUGGGCACGACCUUCUGAAGGCAGGACCUGCCGUACGAUUCGGAACACCUGGGAAGUGGCGAUAUUUCCUCAGCCUAAAACCGAAAAUAAAAAGAAGCUACGUCCAAAUUCUUCCCAGGCCUUUUCAGAUUGUUGUUGUUGUUGUUGUUGUUUAUUUAUUUAUUUAUUUAUGAAUUCCCCUCCCUGCCUUUAGACUGGAACCGUUUCUCGUUUUUCCAACGUUAAUAGUAUCAGAUUUCGGGAGGGGUUGUAAACUCGGUUUUCUUUUUUUAAACGGUAGGUAUAUCACAAUUGUACACCUCACGGUUUUUAGGGGUUUGCACUGAGAAACUUUUAGGAAGGAGGUCUGGUUUUUACUUUUUUUUUUUUUUUUUCAAGCGACUCCUUCCGGAUUUAUAGCGCAUGUCAUUCAAUGUUGUUAAGCCACGGAAGGUCUGUCUGGACUUAACAGACGCACAACAACACGGCAGGCUGAACGAAGGGGGAGAUUUCCCCACCCAUUCGCCCUUUGGAUAUUUCAGGAAGAUUUUUUUUAAAAAAAAAGUUCGGAUUAGCCAUUUGAGCCACCUCGCAGAGACGUCAACUUGACCAGGGAAGUUAGGAGAGGGAAAACGGGGCAUUUUUUUUCCCCCCGCCUGGAAGAGAUUUGAUGCUGAAAAAGAUAGGAUCUCUGAGCAGAAGGGGAUUUAUAAUACAGGGGGUCCUUGGCUUACGACCAUUCAAAGUUACAAUGGCACUUAAAAAAAGUGACUUAUGACCAUUUCUUGUACCGUCGCAGUAUCCCGUUAGUCACGGGAUCAAAAUUCACCCGCUUGGCAGUGGAUUCAUAUUUGUGACGGCCGCAGGGAUGUGUGUGCAUGUCACAGGAUCCCCUUUGGCCACCUUCAGAUGAGCAAAGCCAACGGGGCAUCCUGACUCAUUUAACAAGCAUCGGACAAAUAACUACAGGGACUCCUUCAAUGACGGCGGCCAGAAAGGUCACCAAAUGGGGCAAAAACUCCACCACUGUCCUGCUUAGCGACGGAAAUCUGGGAGGGUCGUUAAGUCAAGGAGGACCUGUAUUUUCCUCCUGCUUCUCUGCUCGUUUACCUGGCUUGAAAGAGGUUUGAAAGCUUUGGGGGGGGGGAAGACGGGAGGAGGGGGGGCAUUUGUCUGGCUGUUCACCCUCCUUUUUUGUCUCCCCUGUUUGCAAUCCAGAUUUUCUAGCUGCUGCCAAGGGGCAUUUCAGCCCAUCCUAAAGCCCCAACCUCUUCACUGGGAGGUCAACCUUGUCUUUACUGGCCUGCAAUGCUGCUCCUUUUUUUUAUAUACUUGGCUCAGAUAUCUAUCUUGCAGGCGCAUUUUUUCCUUCCUUUCCCCCCGCCAGACCGAUGGGCGUCCCAACGGACGGACACUUUUGCACUGUGAAAUGCAGCCUUUUUUCCAACCUCCGCAACGCUUCGGUGGUUUGCCUGGAUAUAUAUAUAUAUAUUUUAAUGAACAAAUAUCCACCCAAUGCUCUUUUUUUAUAAUAUAUCCCUCCCCGCUCUUUAAAACUUCUCCGGCAUCUGUUUCUCUCCCUUUGAAAAGUGCCGGAGUAAAAUUCGGAGAAAAUCUCGGUGGUUUAGGAAGCCACAUUGUAUGAUACUAAGCCAUCUAUCCAACUGCGAAGGGGACUGGAAGGUUUCUCACACUACUUAUGGGAUUUAUUUAUUUUUCUUCUCUCUCUGGUUGCGCCUAGUGCUUAGGGAUGGACGUUGAAAAACAGGAGUGAGAGAAGUGUCCAAAAGGAUUGCGUUUCUGCUCUGUCUCGUCCGAUCAUCGCGUCUCCAUUACGUUGUGCAAAAAAAAAAAAAGACAUCACAAAAACUGCCAAGGGAACCACACACUGUUUGGGACUUCUUCCCUUCCUUCUUUUACUCUGCACAACCCGUCAACCAAGACACAACCUGAUGUGUAAACAUUUUCAAAUUCUAAAGAAAAACAAAACAAAACACUACAUCUCGUGUCUCCGUGUGUGCAUUUGCAAGACGUGUGUAAAAAGAAAAAGCCGGUGUACAACUCAAAUGUUUUUGCAAACUUGGGCAAAUUUUAAGGUGGAGGGAAAUCUCAACAUGCUGGCUGGGGGAUUCUGGGAAUUGAGAUCCACCCAUGUUGGCUGGGUGAUUCUGGGAGUUGGAAGUCCACAGGUCUUAAAAGUUGGCCAAGGUUGGACACCCCUGAUCUGAAACACCUCUGCUUGGAAAGAAUGGAGAUCUGUUUUAUUUUAUUUUAUUUAUUGGAGCCGAAGGGCUCCAAUCUGAUCCAGAAUUAGAAACCUGGCAAUUCUCACCCAUCACCCACUUAAAUCCCACGAUAGCAGAAAGGUAGCAGGCAAAUUGGAACGUCUUGAUGGAAGGAAAGCCUCCCCUCUUUUCAAUCCGGGCAGAUCUCUUUGCCUUUUCAAACAGGGAAACAUUUCAGUUUGAAGAAGGUUUAUCGUGCCCUGCCGCGGAGCCGAGCCACUUGACCAAGUUCGGUUCCUGCCGGAUUUAGCCAAAGCUGCUUGGCUGGGAAGCAUUUCUCUCUCUUUUCAAUGUCUUCACCAUCACUACAAGGUUCCUAUUAGCCCUCUUUUUUUUCUACCUGUCCUAAUGUCAUCUUUAAAUGUGUCCUGUUGGCACCAGAAAUGGAAAAAUCUUCACUUUUAAGGAUACAGUCGGGAGGGGGAUAAAAUUAUUGCAGGUGGAAAUGCUCAGUUUGGACGUUUGGAGGGUCUGGCUUAGCCUGUUCCAUCUUUUUUUGUUUUGUUUCGUUAUGUUCCUAUGUUUCUGUGUGCAUGAUACUGUCAGGCGCCUUGCUGUUGUCGUACGUGACUGCCAUCUUCUCUCUUGCCACCUGAGUGUGCUUUGUAUCCAGCUACCAGUUGUAUGUGAACCUCUAAUUAAAGGAACUGGGAAGGUUUGCUCACCGUCUUCGUUUCUUUGCACAAAGGCAUGCCCGGAACCACAUCACAAAUUGCCCCAUGGGGCCUAUUUUAACCCGUGUCCAUUUCCUUCGGUUGGGCUUCGUUGGGUUCAACUUUCCCUGGCAAUUCCCUCGAUAUUUAUUUAUUUUUUUCAAAUAUAGCCUCCUGCAUAACUUUUUCUUCACCAGGCAAAAGUAAUCAGGGUGGGUUUCAAACCAAGGGAUUAACUCAGUUACAGUAUCUUGGAAACUUUGGGUAUUGGUUAAGGAUGCAGAGAGAGAAGGUGGCCUGUUUAUAGCUCCUGCUAAACCACUGAGGCCAAGCCGGAAAGCAGGCUAACAACUUGGUUCUUGAGUGAUUUUUUUUAUUAUUAUUCGUGGAUAAAAUAAUUUCACGGGUGUUGGUGGCAGGCCUUUCUUAAUUUGGGAAGCCAUCCCUUCUUCCGGUGUAUCAUCUGAUAGUAGCUCAUCCUUAUCCAGAAUUUAAACGUGCCAGAACAGUCUGGAAAUCACACCCACUACAGAGCAAGCGCUCCUCCUCUAACUGAACGGAGGCAUGCCAUCGGCCGACUAAGGUGGUUUAGGAGACGGCUUUAAUUAGUUAAAUUAGCUACCUCAGCACCCUGUACAAGCAUUUUCCAGUUGGACAGAUGACAUAAUAUUGAUUGCCUUGGACAGUCUGAAUUCUUCUUUUUAAGAGCUUACAGUUUUGAAAAAGAGAACGAUGCAUGCAAAGGGUACAUACAAUCCAGCCAAAUUAACAACAAAAAAAUAA